UCUGUCCCGGUAAACAUGAAUAAAUUAUCGAAAUUCUUCCUGUUCUUACCAAAUACUGUCUUUUUAGAUCGAGAUACCGAUAAAGGAAGCUUCUUUAUGCAAAAGAAUUGGUUUAAAAAAAGGUUCAUGGCCAUUAUUUGUGCCGCUUUUAGAUAGGAGAAGACUUCGUCCUCGCCCUGUUCAUACCUGCACAACCUCUUCCUUUAUGAUCAGAAAGAUUGCUAGAUUCCUCAUCGUAAAGGAGGAAGAAGAAGAAGAAGCUCGAUCAGUGCUUCAGUAGAAUUUAUUCGCUGUCGUGUUCCCCCAUGACUCCUGCUUGGCUGCUCUCGCUUGCGAUAAUAUUUUUGUCACCGCUGAUUUCGCAAGCAGCGGACACCAUCAAUCCCGGAGAGUUCCUUCGCGACGUGGAUAGGCUCAUCUCGCCGGGGAGCAUCUUCGAGCUGGGAUUCUUCAGUCCUGGGCAGUCGUCCCACCGCUACGUCGGAAUCUGGUACCACGACUUCUCCACCGACACCGUCCUCUGGGUCGCCAACCGCCGGGAGCCCGUCCUCGACCAUGGAGGCGCCUUCGGCAUCGCCGCCGACGGCAACCUCGUCGUCCUCGACGCCGCCAACCGCACCCUCUGGUCCUCCGGCGGCGCCACCCUGCCUUUCAACAACUCCAUGGUCCAGCUGACGGAUUCCGGCAACUUGGUCCUCAAUAACUCCGGCAGCGUCCGGUGGCAGAGCUUCGACCAUCCGAGCGACACGUACAUGCCGGGGAUGAAGGUGGGCCUCGAUCUCAUAACGAGGGAGAACCAAAACAUGACCUCUUGGAAGAGCGAGAACGACCCGGCGCCGGGGAACUUCUCGCUGAGCAUGGACCCGCGGGGGUCGACGCAGAUAUUCAUGUGGGACGGAGACCGGCCGCGGUGGCGCUCCGGGCUGUGGAACUCACAGAUCUUCAUCGGGAUAAAGAACAUGGUGCCGCAGUACAUCUACGGCUUCAAGCUCAACAACUUCGUCCAGGAGCACAGAAUGUACUUCUACUACGACCAGUUCAACAGCUCCCACCGCUACGUCCUCUCCUGGGACGGCCUCGUGAAGCACAUGAUCUGGAGGAAUGACACCAGCGAGUGGUUACUGUAUUGGUCGCAGCCGACGACGCCGUGCGACAUCUACAACAAGUGCGGCAAGAACGCGGGUUGCACCGACGAGGCCUCUCCCAUCUGCAGUUGCCUCGCAGGGUUCCAGCCGGCCUCCGGCGACGAGUGGGACGCCGGCAAUUGGUCGAGUGGCUGCGUGAGGAAGACGGCGCUAGGUUGCUCCGCCGCCGGAAGCGGCGGAGAUGGGUUUACCCGACUCAGGAGUAUAAAAUUGCCGGACACCUCGGACUGGUUCCCUGACCUUCUGGACACCUCUUCAUGCCCCGACAAGUGUUUGAGGAAUUGCUCCUGCACGGCCUAUGCCUACGUGACCGGCAUCGGGUGCUUGAUCUGGGGGGUGGACUUGUUGGACAUCCAAAUGUUUUCCGGCGACGGCGGAGAGGACUUGUUUCUCCGACUCGCCGGAUCGGAACUCACAACCAGCAAAACAAGAACUCAGACAAUAAUCAUAGCGGUGAUCGUCGUAUUAGUGGUUUCGAUUUUCUCGGGAUCCCUCUUCUUUCUAUGGAAGCGCAGGAGGAGAAUUCAAGAACAAGUAUCAACGUAUUCGAGCUUCGGCGGAGCUGCGAGUGUCUCAGACUCGAUCAGAAUCGACGAGGAGAGAAACGAGGAGGAGUUGUCUGAGUUACAAUUGUGGACUUUCGACUCUGUCCUGUUCGCCACCAAGGGAUUCUCAGACUCUGAACUGAUCGGUGAAGGAGGUUUCGGCCCUGUUUAUAAGGGAACAAGUUUCGAUGGCCAAGAACUAGCAGUAAAAAGGCUUUCUAGGAGCUCAGGACAGGGGAUCGAGGAAUUCAAGAACGAGGUGAAGCUGAUCUCCAAGCUUCAGCACAGGAACCUUGUUAGGCUCUUGGGUUGUUGCAUUCAUGAGCAGGAGAGGAUACUCAUCUAUGAAUACAUGCCCAACAAAAGCCUAGAUGCUUUCCUGUUUGACUCGACGAAGAGAACCCUUCUGGAUUGGAACACAAGGUACAACAUCGUCGAAGGGAUUGCCCGGGGGCUAGUGUACCUCCACAGGGACUCAAGGCUACGAAUCAUUCAUCGCGAUCUGAAAGCUAGUAAUAUCUUGCUUGACAAAGAGAUGAAUCCUAAGAUAUCAGAUUUUGGCAUGGCGAGGAUAUUCGGAAACGACGAUGAGACUAGCACAAAGCGAGUGGUCGGAACAUUUGGUUACAUGGCUCCUGAAUACGCGAUGCAAGGCUAUUUCUCGACGAAAUCUGAUGUCUAUAGUUUCGGAGUUUUAGUACUGGAGAUUCUCAGUGGAAAAAGAAACAACUCAUAUCGUCAUCCAGAAUGGGGCUUAAACCUCAUAACAUUAGCCUGGAAGCUUUGGAAUGAAGGAAGAGCGAUGGAAUUCAUCGACCCUGUCAUCAAGGAAUCAGCUAACUCGGCUUCUCUCAAAUCAUCGGUGACCAAAUGCUUGAACCUAGCACUUCUAUGCCUGCAAGAUCACCCGAAUGACCGACCGAGCAUGGCAGCAGUCGUGGUAAUGCUGGAGAGUGAGACUGUGGUUCCUACACCCCCGAGACCGCCAACGUUCGCCACGGAUAGAAGCUUCAGUGAGACUGAGGAGUCAUCGACCGUAGAGCUGAAGGCCAUAUCAUCAGCAAGCGUUUCAAUCACUAUGCUCACAGGAAGAUAGAAGUAUUCCGAUACAUGACAUGAAAGUCACUUAGCUAGUUUUUGAUUGAAUCGAACUGUUUCUGUGAUGAUGAUACUAGACUAGACACAAGGAAAUGCAAGCGGACCAUGGCCUUUUUUUGUAGAGAAUUGGUUUGCAGUAACAUCGAGCCAGGAAAAACAGCUUGCCUGCUGUCUUUGGUUUGCAGUGCUUUCUUCUCUUGUGUUCCAGGACCAGAAGUCUUCCGCCAUAGCCAAUAAUGCCAUAUAUUUCCAUCGCCA